GACAAUGCGCCGAGAGCUGCACAUAUAAUACCAGAAGCAAUGGCCCAACGUACCACUGUGAGGACGACGUACGACAUUGAGCGCACCCUCCAGCCAAUCUACUCGGGCGGAAGCAUCGCGUUGAGUGAGGAUGGCCGCAUUCUCGCAGCUUGUCUGGGAGAAGAUGCGCUGAUCACGGACGUUACCAACGGGAAAGAGCUCGGAAGGGUCGAGGGCGAUGGCGAACCUAUAACCGCAUUGAUUUUAACACCCUCCGCAUCGCAUCUGAUCGUAUGCUCCCGCUCUACGUCCAUGCACAUAUACUCGCUUUCGCCUUCCGAGACCGAAGACGGCACCAUCGAACUCGAAUUGCUCCGUUCGCUCCGUCCACACACAUCGCCUGUCGUAACCUUGGCUGUCGACAAGACUGGUACCCUCCUUGCUACAGGUGGCGCAGACGGAAUUGUGAAAGUAUGGGACAUUCGUGCAGGUUACACGACCCACACUUUCCAUGGCCGUGGUGGUGUGAUCUCCGCACUGCACUUCUUCCAGGUCGAGGUCGCGGGCAAAGAAGAUGCCGGCGACAGCAGCAAGAAGCGUAAGAGGCAGUCUCAGCAGGAUGCAUCGGCUGAAACGGAUGGAGCGGAGAGCACUCUGGAAUACAGGCUUGCUUCAGGUGCUGAGGAUGGCAAGAUCCAUAUAUGGGAUCUACACAAGCGAAAACCUGCUGCCGUUCUGGAUUCCCAUGUUUCCGUAGUGCGAGCACUCGAUUUCUCGCCUGAGCAGAAUACCUUAGUAUCGGGGAGCAGAGACAAGACACUGAUACUAUGGGAUGCGAAAAAGUGGAAAGUAAAGCGUACGAUUGCAGUGUUGGAAACUCUGGAGAGCGCUGGCUUUGUCGCAGGAGGACACCUCACCUACUCUGGCGGCGAGAACGGCCGUAUCCGGCUUUGGUCUUCUGAGACCUCGCAAGAGAUCACCCGCGAACAGGAACCUGGAAUUGAGACUGACGCAAUCGUGGAAGUUCUUCAUUACCCGGACCUACCCUACAUUAUUUCAGUCCAUGCAGACCAGGUGCUUAAUUUCCACUCGCUCAGCUCGGUUGAGUCACCUCUGGUCGAAGAAAUCAUCGAUCCUCUACCUGUAUUUCGAAGGGUCUCGGGUACACACGACGAAGUAAUCGAUCUGGCAUAUAUUGGUUCAGACAAGUCACUCCUCGCACUGAACACCAACUCUGAAGAUGUUCGCAUAGUAGCGCUGAAAGAUGAUGGAACAAACGAGACUGCGGCCGAAGGUAAAUACAUCGGAGCUGACGUAGCUCUUCUGAAAGGACACGAGGAUUUAAUCAUCUCUCUCGACGUAGACUGGUCAGGCCAUUGGUUGGCGACCGGCUCAAAAGACAAUACAGCUCGACUUUGGCGGAUAGACCCCGAGAACGACUCUUACACCUGCGCAGCCGUCCUCACUGGCCACGCUGAAUCAUUGGGCGCUAUUGCGUUGCCACAUGCGGCACCGCCAGAGUCGUCGGCAGCGUACACAGACCCCUUGGCAAACCCUCCCGCAUUCCUUAUCACAGGAUCCCAAGACCGGACAAUAAAGCGAUGGGAUACCAGUAAAGACAUGAAGCAGAAGCUACGUGCGAAAUAUACCCGAAAGGCACACGACAAAGACAUCAACGCUGUAGACAUUGACCCGUCAAGUACAUUGUUCGCAUCAGCUUCGCAAGACCGGACGGUGAAGAUAUAUUCUGCAGCAGAUGGCGAAGCUGUAGGUGUUCUAAGAGGUCAUCGAAGAGGUGUCUGGACCGUCAAAUUCCAACCGAAAGAGUCUCAAGUGACAGGAUCUGGAGGCAAGGGCCUAAUCGCAACAGGAAGCGCGGAUAAGACCGUAAAAAUCUGGAGUCUGGCUGACUAUAGCUGUCUCCUCACCCUCGAAGGUCACUCCAACAGCGUCCUAAAGCUCGCCUGGCUGCCAUACCGACCUGUCGAUGCACGCGACAAACGAGGCUCUCAAGUAGCGUCCGCAGCUGGCGACGGUCUCGUGAAAAUAUGGGACUCUUCUUCUGGCGAAACCAUGUCCACGCUCGACAACCAUACUGACCGUGUGUGGGCCCUCGCCGCACAGCUCAGCAAUGGUGCACUGGUCUCCGGUGGUGCAGACAGCGUCAUAACCUUCUGGAAAGACACGACCAGCGCCACAUUAGAAGCCGCAACCACGGCUGAAACCGAGCGUGUAGAACUCGACCAGAAACUGCAAAACUACGCCUUCGCAGGAAACUACCGCGAAGCCAUCACCCUAGCGCUACAGAUGGAUCAGCCAGGCCGCCUUUUCUCCCUUUUCAAAUCCGUUGUGGAGUCUGAAACACCCGAUGAGGGCAGUCUCACGGGUCUCAUCGCUGUUGACGAGGUCGUUGGUAACCUCGCAGACGAGCAGUUAUAUAAGCUCCUCCUGCGCCUGCGCGACUGGAACACCAACGUGCGGUCUGCACCCGUCGCGCAGAAAAUUCUAUGGGCUGUCGUUAAGUCCUACCCCGCAUCGCGUCUCUCAAGUCUCAGACCAGCUGGCAAGGUAGGCGCAAAGGGCAGUUUGAAGGAUGUGCUGGACGCGAUCAGGGCAUAUAGUGAGAGGCACUACAAGAGGGUGGAAGAACUGGUGGAUGAGAGCUAUCUUUUGGAUUUCACAUUGAGGGAGAUGGAUGAAGUUGGCGAUGUGAAGAGUCUCACUAAUGGGACAGCGCAGCUGGGGCUUGGUGGGGAUGUCGUGAUGGUGGAGUAAGCUGAGAAGCUUGGAGGUAUGGGGGCCUGGUGUGAAUAUACCCAG